AUGCGUCCACGAACCCCUGCUCGAACUCCACAGAAAUUGUUGACUACCGCUUCAACGAGAAAAAUUGUUUUCACAAAGACAACACCGCGAACAAAACCAACAAAAGAACCUCAACACUGGCUACCUGCAAAUUAUGAUUAUCUCGAAAUCGAACCCGAAGAAACUGCAUCAGCGCCGCCCGUCGUGGAAGGCGCUUUCCGUGGAAACUCGUCGAUCUCGGAAAUCAUCGAUUUAGAGAGUGAGAGUGGCGGAUCAGGCGCAACUAGAGAUUUCAACAAAGGCUCACACUUUUUAAUAAUUGUCGCUAGCUUUUUAACAUACCUUGUAUAG